AUGGUUUGGAACCGCAUUGCGCUUGUCAGUCUGCUGCUCGUCGUGCUUGCCGCUGGCCAGUGCGACGAAGGCACCUGCCAAAGCCUCCGUCCAUAUUUCAACUGCCAGUUCGACUUCGACAGCGGAGCUGCUGGUGCGGGGAACACAAUCGCAUUCGCCGCUUGCACAGACAUUGGCGACGUUGUCGUGCGGGUCGGAUUUGUGCGCGACAGCCACUUCGAGCGCUAUUAUGUCAACGCUUGGCAUGUGCUGAAGCCACAUGUAGGGGAGGACCGUACCUUCUAUCUGCCGAAUCACCUCGAUCACUUGCCUGCUGAAGAAAGGUUUGUGGAAACAGUGUUCCUGGCAGGGUUGUGGUCGGCAUUGAGAUCGCGGCCGCUCAGACCAAUCCACCUCAAGCGGGACGUCCACAGCGAACUCUUGUGGCGUGAAAAUCUCAGGCGAUCCGUCGGAUGGGUGUUUGAAAUCGUGGGACCUGCAGCGUCAUGCAUGUAUUGCUUCAACGACACGGCAGUGGUAAGUUACCUUCCUUUAUGCAACCGCCAACCGGGCGAUGCAGCAGGACAGUGCCGCCCUGCCAAAAGAGCGCGGCUUCCCUUUGCGCUGGAAGUGGAGGUCAUGACUCGAGCAAGGCCCGUAGGCCCGUCGAUCCCGCAAAUGACCAUCUCGCAGUUGCUGGUUCUUCUGACUGGCUACACCAUGGACCUGCAAAAGAUGACAUACCUUGGAUUUUUGCACGACAACCAUUUGGGGAACCUUCUUCUGGUCGGAACGGGUCAGGCUCAGAGCCAGAUGGCCUGGCAUGACUUUGGUGCUAGAAGCUACUUCCAAAACGCCACGAAAGAACAGUUCGAAAGCUUCAGAGAGCACUUCGACAUGUGCUACGACACUGUGAUUGAACAUCUCAAGACUCGCCCCGGCACGGACGGCCUCAUUGCCGAGUUGGGCCAAAUCAAGUCAGAGUGGAGCUUGAAAGGGAUUGUCCUUGUGCGUGGCGUAUCAGACGCACUGGCCACGCUCGCAGAGAAGUUGCAGCAGGCGAUCAUGCAAUGGGCCGACGGCAGCAUCGACAUCCGGCGUUCGGUGCUGCGAGCAUGGAGCCGAGCAUUGACACCAACAAGAUCUGAGGAACUUCGUGAUUUUCUGGAGCGAGGUGGGCCUCACCCGGCUCGUUAUCAUUCACCUUUAAAUGUGUAUUUGCGCUACCUCGGCGCCGUCCACUGUCUAGACAGCAAGGAAAGUGCUGCGUGUGAGAGCAAAUGUCGGGAUGGCAAGGAGUUUGAGCCGACGGGCAAUGCGUUCCAAGUGAGAGGAGCCUUCGCUAAUGCCGUGGAUGACCUGAAGAAGGCUAUCAAGACCGAGAACCCAAAGACCGUGACGUGCGAUGCGUUCCAACUGGAUAUAUACAGCCAGCAGGAUGGGGACUGGGUGAAGGAAAAAACGAUGUCAGCAAGUCUGCGCGACACAACUGAGGAAGAUUGCUACGGAUUCGUGCUGCCACAAAAGACGGACGAUGUGUAA